CAUAAGAAUCCAUGCCUGCACAGUUCGUCGGGUCUCUUCAUCUUUGCUCCUACAACCCCGGUUCUACUCCACUUCUCCUCCCUUGGUCUCUAUUUGAUUUCUGGUUCCUCCGAGCACAGCGACCUCAGCUCCCCUGGUGCCGCCGCCGCCACGGCUGCUGGGAACUUGGGAUUUAGGAUCGUCCUUAUUUUUUGGAAAACCUCGUGUUUAAUGUAACGGCCCUUCGGGAGUUGCUCAAAAGAUUGUGAUUAUGGCUCAGCUCAGUACGGAUAAAUACUAAGAAAAGAGAGUCAACUUCAUUGUGGGUUUCUAAGUUCCUGGUUGUCUGACUUUGUUUCUCAACUUGAAAGGAGCUCUUAAAAUGAUUGGGAAAUGGAAAUCCUACGGUGACGUAGAAGAAGGGGCACAUCGCUGUCAUGGUAAUGAGAGUGAUGAAGAAAACAUUUGCUACUCAGAUGCUGAAGAGCACUCUUGGCAUUCGCCAUAUAGCUCCCACAGUGCUACUUCUGUUUAUGAUGAUGACGGUGCCUCGAUCGAUGAAUUUAAAGCGGCCUGUAGAAAAUCCUGUGUCUCGGAUUCUUCACUUGAUCACGAUGGCCUAGAGAGUGGAGAUUCUUCAGGAGUAAAGGUGGAUAUUAAUAAAGCUGAGCGAGAUUGCAGGAUUUGUCAUCUCAGCCUGGAGAAGGCAUCUCCGGAAUCAGAUGCCCCCAUUGUAUUAGGCUGUUCUUGCAAGGAUGAUUUAGCUGCUGCCCACAAGCAGUGUGCUGAGACAUGGUUUAAAAUCAGGGGAAACAGGAUCUGUGAGAUCUGUGGUUCAACUGCACGGAAUGUGGUUGGUGCAACUGAGACAGAGACUGUGGAGCAGCGGAGUGAGGUAAAUACAUUAACCAUUCCACCACCACCAUCAGAAACUCGAAGCAUUUGGCAGGGGCACCGAUUUCUUAAAUUCCUUCUUGCUUGUCUUGUGCUCGCCUUCGUCAUCUCAUGGUUAUUCCGCUUCAACGCGCCAGGAUAAACGCCUAAAGAUUUUGAGAAUAACAUCAGCAUCGUGUUUCCCUUUUCGUAUGAACAAGGACUGUGUGAGUAUGCAUGGGGCUCAUGACAACAAUAUUAAGCAAGAAACACUCAGUGAUUCCUUUGAAUUGUCCAUCUGCUAGCAGCUUGCCGAAGGGAAAACAAAGCUGAAUAACACCCUUUUUUGUUGUUUCAGCAUUUCAGGCUUUGAUUUUCUGUUUUGUGAUGCAAUUGGUCUCAUCUUUCUGCUCCGAGGAGUUUACCAGUUGCAAGAUUUGAUCAUGUUGCAGUAGCUUAUGCUUUUCUAUGUUUUGUCAAAAAAAAAAAAACCCCCAAUUUAGAAUACCGGGUCAGCUGCAUUUCAUGAGUGGAUGUUGAGUGUUUGAGAUGUAUGAUGGAACCAAGAACAUCGCUGCCUGAAGUAAAUCAACACAAGGGCACCGUUGUUGGUGCCCUUUUCUCUCA